AUGUUCUCUCGUGCUGUUCGCCCGGCUGUGAGGGCCGGCAGUGUUGCUGUGACUCGUACUGCGCCUCCCAAUGCCGCCAACUUCGCAACUCUGCGCGAAAUCGAGGGCCGUCUGAAGUCCAUCAAGAACAUCGAAAAGAUCACCAACACCAUGAAGGUCAUUGCCUCGACCCGUCUCACCCGUGCCCAGAAGGCUAUGGGCGAUUCUCGUAACUACGGUCAGACAUCCAACACCGUUUUCGAGCAGGCCGAGACCAAGGCCCUUGAGGACAAGAAGACUCUGCUCGUUGUGGCCAGCUCCGACAAGGGUCUCUGCGGUGGUAUCCAUUCCGGUCUGAGCAAGGCCACCCGUCGGAUGCUCCAGGAAAACCCCAACGUCGAUAUUGUGGUUCUCGGCGAGAAGGCCAAGGCUCAGCUGUCCCGUACCAAUGCCAAUGCCUUGGUCCUGAGCUUCGCCAACGUCUGCAAGGACAUUCCUACGUUCGCUGAUGCCCAGGCGGUGGCUGACCAGAUUGCCCUGCUGCCCACCGACUACGCCAGCGUUAAGAUCAUUUACAACAAGUUUAUCAAUGCCCAGAGUUACGAGCCCACCACUGUUGAGGCAUACUCUGAGGAGGCCAUCACCAACUCCGCCAAUAUCUCGGCUUUUGAGGUUGACGACCAGGCUCUGACCAACCUCCGCGAAUAUGCCCUUGCCAACAGCUUGUUCUGGGCUAUGGCUGAAGGCCACGCUUGCGAAAUCUCGAAUGCUUCGAAGAACGCUGGUGAGAUGAUCAACAAGUUCCAGAUUCUGUACAACCGUCAGCGUCAAGCCGCCAUUACCGGCGAACUGGUCGAAAUUAUCACUGGUGCCACUGCCAGGAUUGCUACCGACGCGACCCUCAAAGACAUCAACAGUGCAUAUAAAAGAUUAGCUCUGAAGCACCAUCCAGACAAAGCAAGGGGAAACGAAGCUUCCAGUGACGAGUUCAGAAAAAUCCAGGAAGCUGUCGAGAUCCUCCGUGACCCGUUCCGGCGCAUGAAACACAAUGAGGAACUCUCUAGAACGAGACGAGUUUUCGUCGAAGAGCAAGUCUUUGAUUCCUCGUAUACUGGAUGGAGACCUCAUAAUCCGCGGCGGUUCGAUCUGAGCAAUCCGAGUGAGCGCUACAUGUACAGUUAUCGGAACAGUGUCCAUAUGGAUCCUUUCUCGCGAGACUCGAAAAAGGAGAAGGAGAGAUGCGAGACGGAGCGUAGAUUCGGGGAUGAGAUGGAACAAAGCAGGGAGGCUUUCGAGGAGGAGUUAAGAGAGGCUAGACGAAGGGAGGGAAUGCGGACUCGAGUGACCAGGGACGAGGAACUGAUGGGAGAGGGAGAGGGAGAGAUGGAUAGUGAUGAAGAGGGAUGUUUUGAACAUGAUUCGUCCUAUACCGCUGCUGGGUCUGCUGGGAUUUUUUUCUCCGAUGAUGGAGAGGCAUUCGAACACGAUGAGGUUGAAUAUGUCGAGGAAGAUUAUUACCAUGGAGAAUAUGAAGAAGAAGGAGGAGGAGGAGGAGAUGAAGGAGAAGAAGGAGAAGGAGAAGGAGAAGAAGAAGGAGAAGGAGAAGAAGGAGAAGAAGGAGAAGAAGGAGAAGAAGGAGAAGAAGGAGAAGAAGGGAAGAAGGAGAAGAAGGAGAAGAAGGAGAAGAAGGAGAAGAAGGAGAAGAAUGCCAGGAAGAGGGCUAUGAAGAAGAGGAGAUAUGAAGCCGACGACAACGACUUCGACCAGGGAGAGGAGGACUAUUACUACGGGGAAUCUGAGGAGGACAACAAAGCUUCUUCCAUCGCUUCUACUGAACAGCCUGGCACAGAAUAUGAAACCGCCGAGCGCGGUCGAGAUAAUUCCAACAACCAAGAUGAAACGGAGAGCGAAGACGCAGCCUACAACUCAGCCCACGAAGGAGCCAAACACGAAGACUCAGACAUGUUCUAUUCAUUCAGUGAUGAAGACCACAUACAGUCCUUCAUCGAGGACACCCAUUCUUACGAAAACGAAGGCUCCCGCGCACCUGAAAACAACCGUAUCAGCAUCCAAGCGGAUCGUCACUCACACGUUGCCCCCUUCGUCCCAUACUUUGAAACGAAACUAAACCACCCAAGUGGCUGCUAUACUCGUGAAGAUUUGCACACUGAGCUCCGAGGUAUAGUGAUGGAAACCUAUUGCGGCUGGCUGGAGAGUCUCCGUCGUACAUUUUCUGACCCUCAGCCCUCACGCACUUCUGAUAGCCCACAUGCUUGA